AUGACGGAUGGUGAUGAGGAGCCUGACCUUGAGGGAGAAUUUCAACAGCCUAGGACAGAAGAAACUGAUGAUGAUGCCUCUGUUGAAAUCUUGGAUGAUUUCCCUUCAUACCACAAAACAAAUGAGAAAUCCUCCGCAACAUGUCCUGAGCCUCAGAAGAGAACGAGAACCAAUUUUGCUACUUACGAUGGUUGGUAUUUCUCAACUGGAGGUUUUAAUUUUGCAGCAGCGAGAGGGAACAGAGUCUUGCCUAGCCAGAAAAAAAGGUUAAAAGGGGUUAACCGGGCACAAUCAUUGACAGCUGAUGAAAAAGCUGCUACUUUUGAAAGAGCCAGUGCUGCUUUAAAACCUGAAAGUCCAUUUUCCAUGGUUGCCAUGCAGCCAUCAUAUGUUUAUCCUGGAUGUAGAUUGCCUAUACCAAAAAGCUUUGCUCAGAAAUAUUUCAAGAAUGAUCAUGGUGAUGCUGUCCUCUGUGUUUUGGAUGGGAGAACUUGGCCUGUUAAGUGCUUUGUCUGCCCAGGUAAUGGGAAAGCCAAGACACAAAUCAGCAGUGGCUGGAACAAAUUUACGUUGGACAAUUAUUUGGAAGUUGGUGAUGUUUGCGUCUUUGAACUGACUAAAUGCAUUGAAAUGUCAUUCAAAGUAAUCAUUGUCAGAGCAAAUAAAGAUGAAAGCCAUCACUUGGCUGUAGCCACCCAAGUCAAACCCAAAAGAAGCGUGCUGAUUGAUAUUGAUCCUGAGUUCCCUAGAGAUGGAGAAGAUGGCACGUCAAAUGCUGGAAGCGGUUUGAAGACAAAAAGAUUGGCUCCACUUUCUGCAAUUGAAAAAGAAAAGGCUGUUCGCAGAGCUCAUGCUUUCAAAUCUGAGAACCCCUUUUUUGUCAUAGCCAUACAACCAGCAUAUGUUUGCAGUGGAGCUAAUAUGUUGGAAGCUGAAAAAAAACAUUCCUGUUCUUAUAACUGGAUGGAGUUUGCACGGGACAAUAAUUUGGAAGUCGGUGAUGUCUGUGUGUUUGAGCUGAUCAAGGCAACUGAACUUGGAAUGAAUGUUGUUAUUCUCCGUGCUGAAGAUCAUAGCAAAGGUGGUUAUUACUGCAUAUCUUAA